AUCGUUCAAUUGAACUAGUUCAUUCGUGAACUGUACAACUCUUUUUUGAACUAGUUUUUUUUCGGAAUAACACAAAUUUAUUGUAAACAAGAAAAGGAUCUUAAAUUAAUAUAUCUUAAAAAAAAAAACAAAAUUAAAGGAAGCCCAUCAUUAUUUUAUCUAUAGUCAACGGUCACAAUUUCUAUUUUCCCCCGGAUACAAAUCAUGGGUGGUUGUCGUUGCUUUUUCCGUGAAUGCCGGGUAAACAGCUAUAAACAAACUCAAAUUCACUUCUUUCGCGUACCAUUAAAGGACGCUGAACGCUCGAAAAAAUGGAUUGCUUAUGGAAAACUGGAAUACAUGUUGAACUUUCCGCCAGCAAAACAAAAAAAUGUUGUUAUUUGUUCCAGACAUUUUCGGGAUGAGUGUUUUAUGAACUAUAAAAAAGAUAGAUUGACACCGACAGCAGUUCCAUCCAUAUUCCGUUUAUCUAGGACAAAGGCAUUGGAUUAUGAAAUGGAUUUGGAAAAUGGUGUAUUAGUAACAUUACCAGAAGUACAAUUAAAACAUUUAGUGCCGCCGGAGGGAUUUGAGUGUCCCUUGGGUUUGGAAAAUGACCAAAUUUUGUUGAGCAAAUUGAACGAUCUUGAAAAUCCUCAGGAAUGCGGAGCAGUUAAGGUACUAAAUGGUGUUAUGUUUGUUAGGGAGGCUGUUGAGAAUAUAGCCCCAUCAACAUCGGUUGGUUCUUCCAGUCGUUCACUGAUCAAACGCCCUCAAAAUACCCAAUGGAUUGAAGAUGGUAUGGAAAUGAGCUGCAGCACCAGUAAAAAGCAAAAAAUUGAUCAGGUAGCGUUGCCUCAAGGCACAAUUAUUGAAUUAGAAACUCCCACCAUAAUUAAUCAUCAAAUAAUUGAAGUUGAUGGUAACUUGUGGAUUGAACCUGAAUCAUAUAGCAUAGCAAAUAAGGAUGGUGAAUUCGAACUGAUUGAAGCCACAACAGAUGAUGAAGAAACUUUCAAAGAUCUGGAGGAAAUUGAAAACAAAUCCUCGAAUGAGACAAGAAAUGUGAUUUUGGAUGGCAACGAAUGUAACCUUGAACAAUGGGAGGACAAUUGCAAGGACACUGAACAAGAGGUAAAUAAUAUCACCACGGUUAUUAUCAAUACACCUGGAAACAGUGACAUUAUUUCUUUGGACAAAACACCAGCAAGUAACAAUGAUGAUGUCUUGAAUAAGCUACUCUUAGAGUUGAAUCUAAUCAAAAAAGAAAAUGCCAGUUUAAAGAGAGACGUCGAAAGUUCACAAAUUCAAUCUAAAGAAUCGGAAAGAAAAUUGCGUGAAAUGUAUGAGCAGCAUAUGGAAACCGAAAGGACUAAGUAUGAGGCGAAAGAAAGUUCUUUAUUGAAGGAUUUGGAGGCAUUGCGGAAUGAAAAUAAAACCUGGAAAAAGAAAUUAGAAAGCACACAAAUGUUGUCUAAAAUAUCGGCUAAAAAACUAAAAGAUCAAUACGAACAGCAAAUGGAAACUGAAAGAAUGAAAUAUGCGUCAAAAGAAGAUGAGCAUCUAGAACAAAUUAAGGCAUUACAGCAGGAAUUGAACAACAAAAAGGAAGAACUGACAAAGUCCAUAAAUACUUUUGAAAGUUUAAGAAACGAGUUGAGCACCUUACAAACCAGAAACUCACAGUUGAUUGAACAACAACUCCAGAGUGAUCUGACGCUACAACAGCACAGCGAUUUGGAUAUUAAAUACAAGAUGUUAUUGAAUAACCAUGAGGAGUUGCAAAAAAGCCAUGCUAAACUAAAAGAGGAUUUUAAAAAAUUGGAGAAUCAAUUGCAGAAUCAGGUUGCCACCAUUACUACUACAGAUCCAGUGCCCGUUGCAGUGACAAAACCGCCUGCAGCAGUAUCUACCAAUUCAUUAACUAAAGCUCAGCUCUUCAAUGGUAUUAAACGUUAUAUUAGCUCCUCAAUGGUGGCCUUGUUACGCAUGGAAAUGUUUGGCAAUUCUGAUAGAGAAUGGAAAACAGACGAAAAGCAGGCAGCAGUAGAUCUUUUGCGUCUGGGCGAAAAUGUUUAUAAAUACUUUACAGAUGAAUGGCGCUUUCGUCUUCCUGGUUUGCGUGAUGUUCGAGAUUGGCUCAGUCAAUCAGUACAAAUGGAUGAAGAGGAAGACCUUUAGUUUAUCACUAAUUCUGGAUAUAAAUUUCUGAUAUCAAUUGGUUCCGCCAAAUCGCACACAAUUGAAGCCGGCUAAAAAUAAAAAAUGAUGAAUUGAAAAUAUAGAUAAACAAGCUCUACAACAAUAACAAACAAAUACCUUAAGUUCUGCCACACAGAAUUCCGAACUUGAGGCAUCGCAUGUCAUUCCUGUUGGACAAGUGCCCACUACAUCCGAUGGUAUGGGAGCUCCAAAACAAAAAGAAAAGGUUGUGCGAGAUGUACAGGCAAACACUUGAUUCGAAUUGCACAGGCCACAGCUAGAUGUAUCACCACAGCUGGCAGGUAAUGUAUUACGUUGGAAACAAAUAUUGGGUAGAUUUGUACAAACCAAACCGUCUGGACAUGUAAACAAUUGAUUGGUGUUUGGGAUAUUUUCUGGAAUAAUACAAGGCGACUUGCAGUGGUAUCUUUUUGGCAAUAAUUUCUGAAAAUGUGUGUAAUUUACCUCCAUAACACAAAUGAUAAGAGGUUUCAUUUACACAGGCCACAUUGUUUUCCUGGCACUCAUUGCAGACAGCAACCACCGAAAUAUUGUAUAUUAAUCCCAAUAGGGAAAGUUGUAC